AUACAUCAGUGGUAGUGAUGUUUAGCACUUCUUCCCAAAAAAGCAGUUCAACAAUUCGUGGCACAAAUCAGACAAAAUACGGUUCAAACCAUUUCAUUCAAAAACAGGUGUCGAUAGAAAUCUGAACAAGGAAAACGACCACGAUUAAUAUGAAAUUGUACUUGUUGUUCGUUUUUCUAAUACAUUUAACCGCUUCUCAACCGUCAUAUAAUACCCGAAGACCUGUCUGUGGAUAUGAUUCAUGUCCCACUACUGUCGACCACUUUCUCAAUAUACACAUUGUAUGUCACACUCAUUUGGACACCGGUUGGACAGAGACCUACGAUGACUAUUACCACAGAUAUGUGCGAAUGAUUUACGAUUCAGUCAUUCAAACACUGUUUGAAGUGUCAAAUCGUAAGUUCAUUGCAGUCGAGACCUCAUUCUUCUCGCGUUGGUUUAAUGAACAAAACCAAACCAUUCAAAAUCGGGUCCAUUUGCUGGUCAACAGAGGUCAAUUGGAGUUUAUAAGUGGCGGAUGGAGUAUGAAUGAUGAGGCGGCCGCUCACUACUCGGCAAUCAUUGAUCAGAUGACUGUUGGCCACCGAUGGCUGAACAGGACAUUUGGCGAAUGCGGUAUUCCUCGCAUCGGUUGGCAAAUCGAUCCGUUCGGACACUCCAGAGAAGAGGCGUCUCUAUUGUCACAAAUGGGUUUCGAUGGACUGUUUUUGGGUCGCAUUGACUAUCAGGACAAACUGUUGCGCGAACGCACCCGAACUCUAGAGUUCCUAUGGAUGUCGAGUCCAAGUCUGGGCAAAAAGGCUAAUAUGUUUACGGGAGUCCUGCCGAACGUGUAUUGGCCGCCAAAAAACUUUUGCUUUGAUGUGAACUGUUUUGAUGAAGCGAUUACACAGGAAAACGCCGAACGCCGCGCCCGAGAGUUCAUCCGAAUAGCACGAGAACAGGCCCUUCAAUACGGAACUAAUCACACGAUUAUAACAAUGGGAAUGGAUUUCUAUUACAGAAACGCUAACAUUUGGUACCAGAAUUUGGAUCGACUAAUGAAUGCCAUUAACUCUCUUCAGGCGAAAGAAAGGGUAAAUAUAGUGUAUUCUUCGCCGUCGUGUUAUCUGAAGGCAUUGAAUGGUCUGAAGAGAAACUGGCCAAUCAAACUCGAUGAUUUCUUCCCGUACGCCGACGCCUGGAAUGCCUACUGGACG